AUGCAAAAUCAUAAGAUUGCAACUAAUAAUGAUGAAUCUAAUUGUGAAGAAAGACAACUUGUAGAUCAGUCUAAGAAUAAUGAAUAACAAUAAGAAAUUUCAAGAAUUAGUGAUUCUAUAUUGAACGCUAUAAAUUUGAAUGAGUAUGAUUAUUACAAUUAUCCACCAAAAUUGGAACAAGCUGAAAUACAUCGAUAAGCAUAUUAUCUUUGUCCAGAUUAAUAUGUACUCAAUAAUUAUCCAAAAGACUAUUGCGAAUGCUGCAAGUACAAUAUAUAUAUUUUAUUAAUCAUUAGUAAAAAAUUCCAUCGAUAACCUUUUAAUUGGGUAUUUGGAGAUUUAUAUGAAGCAACUGUUGACGAAUAUGGUUUAGCAGCACCUCUUUAUUUUACUAUUAUCAAAUUCUAACUUAUAAUUUUCAUAAUAGUGUUUUGUAUCUAUGGAAUAUUUUUCAUAAGUGAAAUUCAUCGAAUAUGCAAUUCCAACCCUUAAUUAAAUUGUCAUAUAGAGAAUAAUGAUUUGUGUAGAACUUGUGAAUUUUAGUAUUCAUAUGGGUUUAUUGAUAUUGUGACAAUUCAGGAAUAUUUGCAUUAAGAGAAAGGUUCAAAUUACUAAUGGUUUUAAGUAUCAGCAUUUUUAAUAUUUCUAAUAAAUCUUCACUUACCAUUUUUUUAUGAUCUACUUAUCACUUAUAUGUAAGUAUUCAUAUUAUACAUAAGAUAAUUUAAGUAUUGGAAUAGGGAUCCUUAUAAUUAAUAAAAUGAGACUAUCACUUCAAUAUAUAUCAGAGGAAUGAGUUCUAAACUUACAGAAAAAGAAAUUUUAAAUCUCAUAAAAGAAAGCAUGUAAAGAAACAACAAUUAGAUAAUAUCUUCUUAAAAUAAGUAAUAAUUUAAUUGAUUUUCAUGAUAGAUUAUUGGAUAAUGCUUAAAUAGAAGAGAUUGUUUAUAUUUAUAAUACUCAAGAAAUAAAAUUAUUAUAAUAAAAAAGAUAAAAUUGUCUAUUAGAUUUGGUUAUUACAGCACAAUAAAUUAAAGAACUUGAGCUCAGCAAAGAAAUUAUUACCUAUAAAGAUGCUGAAGUUAAGGUUUAUAAGGCUUAUACAAAGGAAUUUUUAUCUUAGAGAAUAAGUGAUUUGAUGAAAUAGCUCUCAGAAGUGAAUGAUAACAUUAAUAAAUAAAUAAUAGGGUUGUAAAUUAAUAAUAUAUCUAUGAAUAAUUAAGAUAUUAACAAAAUGAGACUAGAACCUUUAGAAUUCAGUCAAAAGGCUAUUAUUAGAUUUAAUGAUCCAAAUAUAAGUUAAUUAAUUUUAUAGAAUUUCUAAAUUUCUUGGUUUAAUAAAUUAAGAGUGAAAUUAAAUUUGAUCUAAAAUCCUAAAUUGAUUGAUAAAUUAAUAGUAAAAAAAUCAUUUCGUAUUAAUGGCAUGUACUGGGAAAAUAUAGGUUUCAGAUCUUAAGAAAGAAUAGCUGCAAAAAUAAAAAGUGCAAUAACUAUGUUAAUUGCUUGUGCUGCCUUAAUGACUGCAUAUGAAUUCAUAUAUUUAUAUAAGAAUGAUCCAGAAUAUAAGGUAGAAAAGAAUAAUGGUAGAUUAUCUGUUGCUUAAAGAGUAUUAACAAAUAUUUUCACUGUGGCAGUUCCAAUAAUUACUACAGUUGCCAUUUUAGUAGUAAUAAUAAAUUAAAAAGAAUCAAAAAAGAAUACAUUUGCACAUUUAGAAAGAAGUUUCAUGCAUGUUCUUAUAGUUGUUAAUUACUUCCUUGUAACUUUUCUCCCUUACAUAUUUACAUUUGAACUAUGGAGUGGUAAGACUAUGUCAGCAGCUGUUUAUGAUUUAGUGACAUUAACUUAAAAUAAGAUUAUCACAAAGCAUGUAUUUCACACUGUACAUAUUCGAUAUAUGGGAUUUGUUUUCCUAAGAAGAAGAAUCUAAAAAAACUGCAAAGAGUAUUUUUAAGGUUAAUUAAAUAAUUUGAUGACACCUCCAACCUUCCCUUAAAGAAGCAGGGUUUGUAAUGCAAUGUAUAGUUUAACUGUUGGUUUAUGUUUGGUUUAUGUAUGUCCAGUAAUAACUAUUAUCAGUUUUAUAUUUAAUUGUUAUAUAUACCUAUUUGAUCGAUAUAGCAUUACUCAUCUAUAUUCAAUAGAUAAAAAGUUCACUAUAUCACUUAUGCGACACUAAUUAAAAAUAUAUUCUCUAUCCUUUUUUCCAAUCAAAAUCUAUCUGUUUAUUAAGUUAUUCUGGAGAUAUGGAUGGCUAAUUUAUGCUGGCGUACCUACUUGUUGUGCAUUUACUAUUAUCUCAAUUCUAUUUCGUGAAAAGAUAGUUUACUUUUUAUUAACAAAGGUGUUUAGAGUUUCUAGAAGAGAAAAUUCAAAACAUACACCAGAAACAUAUACAUCUAAUUAUUAUUAAUAUAUGAAAAGUAAUUUUAUUUAAUAUCCUUUACUUAGAAUUAAAUAUUGAUGAAUAAAAUGAAAUUACUAGAAAGAUAUUAAAUUCUUAAGGAUGCGAGAUAGUUUGACAUAUAAAUAAACAGUUAUAUUUAUUUCUAUUGAUUUUUCUUAUUUAAUUUCAGAAUAUAAAUCGAUUCUAUAAAAUUAUUAUAAUUUAUUUUUAUAUACAAAAAUUUCCUAUUAUAAAUUUAUUAACGAUUCAAUGUAAUAAUUACCUAAAGGUGAUAUACCCAUAAAUCCACUCACAGAUCAAUCAAUUGAAGAAAUUAAAUAUCCCUUAUAAACCAAACAAAACCUCAUGGAAGCUGUUUAAUCUUAAUCAUCCUUCAAACCAUAACUAUAUAAAAAUUAAGAUCUAUAUGAAGAAUUUAUUCGCAAAAUCGAAACAAAGAAACCCCAUCAAAAACAUCUUUAAUGGAGAACAAAUAUACACUUAAGAUUGGAUGAUGAAUAAAAUCAACUUUAACAAAUAGUAGAAGAAUUAAAAGUCAACUAUUAAUAGUUAGAAUUAUAAUAAUGUUCUUUCUAGCCCUCGAUUGGUAAUAAGAGCAACAUUUCUCCUUUAAAAUAAAGAAAUAAAACCAUCAAGCAGAAAAAGAAACAAAGAGAAUAACCCAUAAAACGUUUGGGAUAGAUUAUCCAAAUUGAAAGGAACCUAUUAAACAUCUUAAUCUUUAUAAUUAUAACCACAAUCAACUGGAAGAUCUUAGAGACAUACACCUGAAAGAGUAGAAGCUAUUAGCAAUAGACCAUAUGAAGAACCUUUAUAACCAAUAAAAUUUAAUUUUAAUUAUUAAGAUAUUCUUGUUGGAUCACCAUAAACUUCGUUCGACAUUUUGUUAAAAAAAUUUAUGAAAGUAUAACAAAUGCCAAAAUUUGGACUUAGAUCAUUUAGAUCAAAAUUUAACUAAAUUGACCUUAAAAUUGAAAUAGAAAAUGAUCUUUGUUUGUUGACAAUUGAUGAAUUGGCAAUAACUUUUGAUCAUCUUAGUUUUGCACCAUAUUAAGCCUAGAUUAUACCAAUGUAAUUUAAUGAAUAAAAAUCUAAUCAAUAUUUUUAAAAAUAAAAUAAAGCUAAUUCGUAAACUAAUGAAUUAGCUUAUAAAUAUAGAGCAAGAGUUUAAUCAUAAAUAACAGACUCUAAACCAAUAAGCAUAAAUUACUAUGAUCAUUAUAUAUCAAAUGAAAAAAGAAUAAUUAAAAUAAGAAGAUGA